AAUUGUACCAAAAGUUUUGUGAAAGCAAUCGAAAGGGGGAGGGUGAAAGAUCAGGAAGGGGACGCUUUUUUCUCUUCUCCAUUAUAUCAUCAAUUCAUCAUCAUCCAUCUAGCUCUCCUUGUUUGUUGUCUGCCCGAGAAAUUUAGUCCCCAGUUCUCCUCAUGAAGAAAUUGGAAACCACGCGACACAAGGAGAGAAAAUAGAGAGCAGAUUUCUGUAACACGGAAGCAAAAUGAUGUUUCUGAGUUAUGCAAGAGCAACGGGUACAUGAAAAGAAAAGAAAAAAAGCAACUUCUCUCAAGAUUCUUUCUUUCAUGGUAUCCUCUUUCAUAUCUCACUAUUUUCCUGCAUAAAAAAUUUAUCAGGGAUUGCAUCAACUUCCUCUAUUAUCAGGGAAAAGAUGCUGAUAGGCUCAUAGCGUUUUCCAAGCUGAAAAUCCCGACAAGUCUAAUCCCACAAAUUCUUCUAUGUCGACCCAGAAUUUCCAGCAAGCCGUUUUCAGUUUCUCUAAUAAUGGUUACGACAGAUCCAGCAGCAGCAGCAUGCAAAAACACAUGGUCAGAGGCCAAGCUUUUGAGCAACUAAUUCCCGAACCAUUGCAAGAGGUGCCGUCCGGUAACCUUCCGUUGCUGUACCAAACCGGCGGUGGGGGAAUACUAUCGGAGAUGUUCAACUUUGGGCUCCGCCAAGCACCCAUCUUGGACAGUACUAUUCAGCAUCAGAUCCCAUCAAGUAAUUAUAAUAGAUGGUCGCAAAGGCUGCAACAAUCAAGCGAGGGUCAUGAUCAGUUGGGAGUUUUGGGAGGAGAGAAGAAUUUAAACCUAGAUGAUUGCGAUAUUAUGGGGCUUAAUCAUCAACAGUUUCUGAAUAUCGAUAAUACAAACUUGGCCAAUAAUUCCAUGCAGAUUUCGACUGUGAAUAAUUCUCAUGUAGUCAAACCAUUUUCUUCAUCUACUAGUACUCCAGCUCCUUUUUCUUCUUCAGUGGUUCAGCUCACUUGGCUACCUAGUAAUAGUACUGGUGAAGAAGGUGAUACCAGCAGCAAAAUUGCAGAUAGUAUUACUCAAACUCAAAGUCAAGGCCUUUCUUUGUCUCUCUCAUCUUCGUUGCAGCACUUAGAAGCCAUCAAAUUAGAGGAAUUAAGGGGCGAGAUGGUCUUUCCAAAUCAAGCUCUCGGGGCUCCUUUCAGUCCAUAUGGUGGAUCGAAGAACAUGUCCGGUGCGGAACGAAAACCUUUAUUACAUUCGGAAGGAAUAAUGCAAGAUCGCCACGGUCAAGUUCUUGUUAGGUAUGGAACACCUAAUUUGGGGAUGAUGAACUUUUUCAGGAAUUCCAAGUAUGUAAAAGCGGCCCAAGAAUUGUUGGAAGAGCUUUGCUGUGUUGGAAGGGGCCAAUUCAAGCAUCAAAGAGCUAAAAAGCAUCAUGUAAUUGGAAAUCCCAACGCCACUGAUUGUGGCCCUGCUACUGCUGGUUCUUCCUCACCAUCAAACGAACAGCCCUCUUUAUCAGCUGCUGAUAAGGCAGAGUACCAAAGGAAGAAGAUCGAUCUAUUAUCUUUGCUUGACGAGGUGGAUGGAAGAUACAGGCAUUACUGCGAAAAGAUGCAAGCGAUGGUGGAUACAUUUGAUUCGGUGAUGGGUUUUGGAGCGGCAAUGGUGUACACAGCCAUGGCCCAGAAGGCCAUGUCUCGGCAUUUCGGGUGCAUAAAGAACGCCAUUGCAGCGCAGAUCAAGGCCACCUGCGAGGCGCUGGGAGAGAAGGAUCAUCAUGAUUUAUCAGGAGGAGGGGGCGGCGGCUUGACGAAAGGAGAGACGCCGAGGCUUCGGCUGCUUGAACAAAGAUUCAGGCACCAGAAGGCCCUUCACCACAUGGGAAUGGGCGUGGAAUUGGAAGCCUGGAGGCCCCAAAGAGGCUUGCCCGAGCGUUCUGUGAACAUCUUGAGAGCCUGGCUCUUUGAGCAUUUCCUACAUCCGUACCCGAGCGAUGCAGACAAGCAUUUGUUGUCUCGUCAGACUGGUUUAUCUAAGAACCAGGUAUCAAAUUGGUUCAUAAAUGCGAGGGUUCGACUGUGGAAACCCAUGGUGGAGGAAAUGUAUCAAGAAGAUGUCAGCGCGGAGCAACACCAACACCAAGACCAAGAGCAAGAAACACAGCCAAUACACCACGGUAACCCAACAACUACUACAUUGCAAGCACUGGUGCCGUUGGUAGCCAACAACUCGGUAUCUAAAAUAAAAGUUGGUGUUGAACAAAAGGACCCUUCCAUCAAUCGCGACCACCACUCCUCCGGAAACCAAGAGCGGAUGAUGUUCCACAGUGGCGCAACCACCACCACCUCCGUUAGUACUAAUGCACAUCAUAUGUCACCGGGAACUAUCUAUGGUUGUUUUACCACCACCUGUCAUAAUUGGGAUGAUACGAGUCACCGUGGUGCGGGUGCAAACUUGGUGUCGUCACUGGUAAGGUUGGGGGCGCCGGUGGGUGAUGUGUCACUUACUCUGGGGCUUCAGCAUGCUGGAAAUGUGCCGGAGAAAAGAAACUUUGGUGCAUUUUAAACUGAAUAAGAAAAAUUAAGAAGAAAGAAUUAAAAAAGGAGAGAAUCAAGAUUUUUAAUUUCUUGGGGACUGGGGAGAUAAAUACACGAAUGAAUAUGAUAGAGAGUCACUGCCUGCCAAUUUUAAUUAUAAACCAUAGUAAUUGUAAAGUAGAGUGUUUUUAUUUUCUUUCUAUGUGAUUCAGAAAUUGUGUUUGAUAGCUAUAAUUACAUGCAAGGGUGAUGAUAUGCGUCAUGGUGUGGUUAAAGCAACUUCUUUAUUUCGUAA